CGUUUAUCACCUCGCAACAACCAGCAUCGCACGUCCACAAGUAAUAGAUUUAAAAAAUGGGUUCGUUUAUCACCUCGCUAAUCACAUCACACUCCUCUCCCUCUCGUCUCGGCUCCCCAUAAAACACCAACACAUCAAAAUUCAGAGCCCAGACGCGAGAGCUCACAAAGACUCGGGCAGCUGUCGGCGAUCUCUGUGGUACAGGGGCACGUGACCGGGCAUGGGGAACUGCCAGGCGGCGGACGCGGCAGCCGUGGUGAUCCAGCACCCGGGCGACGGCAAGGUGGAGCGCCUCCACUGGCCGACCACAGCGGCGGACGUCAUGCGCAGGAACCCCGGCCACUACGUCGCCCUCGUCGUCCUCCACCACGACUCUGGCGGCGUUGACCACGCCGUCGCCGGAGAAAGAGGAGGUGCCAGGAUAACCAAGAUCAAGCUCCUCAAGCCAAAGGACACGCUCCUCCUCGCCCAGGUCUACCGCCUCAUCACCUCCCAAGAGGUGACCGAGGCCGUGCAGACGAGGAAGCAGGAGAGGAUGCGCAGCUGCGACGAGGCCAUCCAGCAGGAGCGGCCGCGGCUGCACCGCCGGCGGCAACCGCCGAGGCCGAGGGGCGACGACGCGGCCACCACAGCCAACGGAGAACAGAGACAGCCCGCCGAUCACCAGGUAAUUGAUAGCACGCUCGCCUGCGAACUCAUCCAUCAUGGCAAUCGCAGCCACUCAUCUGUCGACCCCUCUUCUUGGUUCAGGAACGGAAGCGGCUGGAGAAGGAUCGGCGCCACCGGAGCAUCGCCGCCACCCGCGGCAGAGGCCGGCACUGGCGGCCGGCGCUGCAGAGCAUUACAGAGUCAUCGUGGAGCGGACACACAGACUGCGAGGAUACAUGCAAAGAGACUCUACAUGUAAAUGAACUAGAGUAGAGAAGUAGAAGAUGGUUUUUGGGGCGCUACCCUUUGUACCAAAAUGCUUGUAGUUGGGGAAACUCCCAGCUACAAGUAUUUCGGAACAGAGAUAGUAGAAAUGUACAUAGAUUAGGGCAGGCGAUCUGAAUGUAUCCAUCGGCUUCUGCCAUGUUUGAAUCCGUUUUGGUACGUGGAUUUUGUCUAACCCGUUGGGCGCACAACGCAUAUCCUAUCCAUCCAUCCAGCAUGCAUGUCAAAUCAACAGGCGUCCAGGAUCCACAAAGAUGCCUUGUACUCAUGCGUAUUCUAGUUUUCUUAUGGCAUUUCUUUUCUGUACUGUGGAUGAUUUGACUCCAGACUGGUCCCACGAUCUGACACAAGGAAUCUCUGUGUCUGU